GCCUCCGACGGUGAUAGGCCAGUUCCACACACUGUUCUUUGGCUCUGUUCGGAUGUUCUUUCUUGGCGUCCUGGGCUUUGCAGUCUAUGGCAAUGAAGCUCUCCAUUUCAGCUGCGAUCCAGACAGGAGGGAGUUAAACCUCUACUGUUACAACCAAUUUAGGCCUAUAACACCUCAGGUAAGACAGCUUCCUGCAUUAAUUUAUCUGAUAUUAGAAUACAAGCUAGACUGAAACCAUUGGUAAUAUGUCAGAAUCCACAAACAGUUGUGAACUGUGCAUACAAUUAGCAUUUGAGAGCUAUUCCCAUUAAAGGUAGUGGUAAAGAAUCAGAGAUCACCAAUUUUCACUCUACCAUCGUUAUAAUAUUCUACAAAGGAUUAUAUAUAUUUUUUUCACGUCAUCCAUUACAAUAAUAUAAAAUUGAUAUUGUAUAAUGUGAUGAAAACCCAACAGUAUUCAUUCCAGUCAUUAAGUUCCAGUUUAAGUCAAUGUGAAUAACAAAGUCAUGGAACAGAGGGACCAAAGAUGUGAUGUUAUUCAAUGUUGACUUGUGAAUAGGAUGUUUUUCCACUAGCCAGAAUGUUAUUCUGCUUGCAGGUAUUCUGGGCUUUGCAGUUGGUAACUGUUCUAGUCCCUGGAGCUGUAUUUCAUCUCUAUGCUGCCUGUAAAAACAUUGACCAGGAGGAAAUCCUUCAGAGACCUAUAUACACCGUCUUCUACAUCAUCUCUGUCCUACUAAGAAUUAUUCUGGAAGUCAUCGCUUUUUGGUUACAGAGCCAUCUCUUUGGUUUCCAGGUUCACCCACUCUACAUGUGUGAUGCCAGUGCCCUAGAAAAGACGUUCAACGUCACAAAAUGCAUGGUGCCAGAACACUUUGAAAAGACCAUAUUUUUAAGUGCAAUGUACACUUUCACUGUGAUCACGGUGCUGCUGUGUGUUGCUGAGAUAUUUGAGAUACUCUGUAGGAGAUUGGGUUAUUUGACCAAUCAA